CCUCAGUUGUGAAUUGCAAAUAAAUGGCGGUGGUGUUUAACGACAAGUCAAAUAGAUUUUUAUAGUAAAUAAACUAUUUAAUAUGCCCUAUUGGUAUUACGAUAAAAAGGACUUAUUGAAUACACCGUCAUUUCGUGAUGGAAUCCUCAAUGAAGCGGAGAACCGGUACAGGAAGGAGGGCGCAAGAUUUAUCAUUGACACGGGUUCGAAGAUGGACUUAGGUUAUAAUACAGUGGCGACUGGUGUUGUUUAUUUUCAUCGUUUUUACAUGUUCCAUUCUUUUCGGACAUUCCCAAGGUACAUCACAGCGUGCUGCUGCCUCUUUCUGGCGGGCAAAGUUGAAGAGACGCCCAAGAAAUGUAAGGAUAUAAUAAAAGUAGCUAAAUCUUUAUUGACUGAACAAAAGUUUGGUAUAUUUGGUGAGGAUCCUAAAGAAGAAGUUAUGACACUAGAGAGGAUCUUACUGCAGACGAUUAAAUUUGAUUUGCAAGUGGAACAUCCUUAUGGAUAUCUCUUGAAAUAUGCUAAGUGCCUUAAAGGAGACAAGGCUAAAUUACAAAAAAUGGUACAAAUGGCUUGGACUUUUGUCAAUGAUAGUUUGUGUACAACUUUAUGUCUGCAAUGGGAGCCAGAAGUCAUUGCUGUGGCUUUGAUGUUCCUAGCAGGCAAGCUGAGCAAGUUUGAUGUGGUAGAUUGGAAUGGGAGGAUACCCAAACACAACGCUUGGUGGGACAUGUUUGUGGAGGAUAUUACUAUGGAAUUGCUAGAGGAUAUUUGCCAUCAGGUGCUAGAUUUAUAUUCCCCACAAACACAGCAGACCGGUAGUGACUCACCACCCAAUCAACCUCCAGCUAAGCAGCCAAAAAACGAGAAGAAGCCCUCCGUUACACCGCCCACUUCCGCAUCGCCUAUCGCCGUUGUUAGCAAACCCGUUCUUACACCAAUCAAGAAUGGAGCUGAUAUUAAAAUCGAACCCCCCAAAGUAGAUAUGAGAUUUAGUUAUCCUGCAUAUCCUCCGCUCUAUCCCCCAAUGUAUAACGCACCCCCUCCAGCAAUUCCAGCACCUAGGUUACCAAUACCACCUGGGCCGCCAAUAAUCCCAUAUUCUGAACCUCCCCCUGCAAAUAGGUUUCCUCCAGUUAAUGUUCCUCCUCCAAAUUAUUAUGCUGGGAUGCCGGCACGACCACUGCCACCUCGUGGACCCAUUCCCCCGGGACCUCCCCCGCCGCGACCUUAUUAUCCACCACCGUAACGGAGGCGCUUGUUAAGUUAGGAUAUAAUUUUUUACUGAAAUAUAAUAAUUAUAGACAAA